ACUAAUGUGUCCUCUUUGUUCUGGCAGCCAUCUUUGUCUGAUUGUGAAAACACAGUCAAAGAAUCCGUUUCCAUCUUGCCAGAAGGAACGGUGUUUGCAACAAUCCAUUAUGUUUUCCUUACUACAGAAACUUCUCUUUCUUUUUCUUUUAAUUUUACCGGCAUCGCUGCUUCUGAUCGGAAAUGAUGUGUGUGUUAUGGCUCGGGAAGACGAAGUUGAAAACGAACAAGAGGUCGCACAACCAACAGAAGCAGAUGCUACAGAGGCCACAGUUGAUGAGGAAUAUGUCGAAGAAGUAGUUGAAGAUGUAGAUGAUGGAAAGGUGGAUGCUGAAGAUGAGGAAGAAGAUAGAGAAGACAGCCCAGCUCCUGCAGACUCUAAAACUGAUGCAGAGUCUACUGAUGAAGAAGAGGAAAAACAAGAAACUCUCAAGCCAUCUCCUGAUGCUGAUACAGUGAUUCUCUUCACCAAACCUGGAAACCAAGUAUUUCCAGCUGGGGAAGUAAUUAAGUGUCUCAUUGGCCUUGGUAACAAUGGCAAGAAUGAUUUUAUUGUGGAACAUGCAGAAGCUUCUCUAAGGUAUCCUCAAGAUUACACCUAUUAUAUUCAAAAUUUCACUGGUUUCCAAUAUAAUACUGUUGUACAGCCAGGAAAUCAGGCAUCCUUUGAAUAUGCAUUUAAACCUCAUGAAUCAUUUGGUGGGCGUCCAUUUGGUUUAACUGUUAACUUGGUCUACAAGGACUCGGAGGGUAAACCAUUCAUGGAUGCUGUCUUCAAUGAAACAAUCAAUGUAACAGAAAGCAAUGAAGGAAUUGAUGGUGAAACCUUCUUCCUGUAUGUGUUCUUGGCAGCAAUAGCUCUGUUGUUAGUUUUGGCUGGUCAUUAUGCACUCACAUCAGUCAAGGGAAAGAAACCAGCCUCCAAGCCUUUAAUGGAAACGGGUACACAAAAUAGUAAUGAUAUUGACUAUGACUGGCUCCCGAAAGAAACAACCACAGAGUUUGUUGGCAAAAGCUCUCCUCGCCGUUCACCAAGAAACAGACGUCAGAAGCGCAACACAGGCUCUGAUGAAUAGUUGUUAAGUUAUUAGAUAUAUCAAUUGAGAACUAACUGUAGCUGGCCCAUGGACCUUGGUGUGCUAUACACUGUCUGUCAGUUUUAAACAAAAUUUUUCUCUGAAGAAACAGGAGGUAGUGCAUCACUACCUUACUUUUUUCCCCCAAUUUGACACUCAUUGUAGACACUUGUUCUGCUGACUCAUUAUGAUCUGUAGUUAAAGCUUUCAGUAGAUCCUUUAUGUUAUGAACAUGUCAGUUCUUUUCUGCUUGUUCAAUCAAAAUCCAAUUUAUCUUGAAAUACAAAUGCACAGCUUAUAUUUUUAGUCAUGCCUCAAGUUAUGUGGUCUUUGAUUGGAUAAUUGGUUGAGAAACCUGGAAACUAGCUGAAUUGGCAGUUUGUUAUCAAAACUUAUCUGAAAGCUUCUCUAACCACCAGCAUUAUAAUUCAAUGAAUUUUUCUGAGUUCUAGAGAAGUAAUUAAAAUCCACUGACUUUCACUCAAAAUGGCUGCAGAACGCAAAACCAUGUUCUUCAUGUAAAAUUCCUGACUUCAUAGAUGAAGUUUUUACACUAAAGAAUAUUGAAUAAAUAAAAUCUAAAUAAGCCAAAAA